AUGCCAGAUGUGCCUGGCCUCCCGCUUGGCGGGCUCGCCGGCGGUGGUGCUGUCCUUGCUGCCCCUGCUGCCGGGCUUGCGGCCCGUCGACGUGCCGAGGGCACAAAAGGAUAUGGCUAUGCAGGCCAUCUCGGCGUCUUUGGUUGUUGGGCGGCGUGGGCGGCAGAGCGGACUGGGGUGGUCAUUUGCGACGUGUGUUGCUGCACCAACAAGAAAGAGGUUAAGAAAGGGUUACCGUCACGGCGACGUCGCGUGUCUCGCUCACUGCCAGAGGCGCAGAUCAGGUUUGAGGAUGGGUCUGGUAGGAAUUCCCAAGCGCUCCAGCCUAGCACAGAUAACUGCUUGUCGGCCUGCAAUCCCACGGAGUGCAGGGUCAGGGCGGCGGGAGAUGAAGCUGCAGCUGCAGCGGCAGCUGGAGAGCUUCUGUUUUGA